AUGACUAAAAAUAAGUCUCUUAAAAGCGCUCGCCUGGCGCGAAGCUUUGGAUUUGACUUCAGACGACGGCAAAAUUUGAUCAAAAUUCGCAAUUCAGUCGUGGCGUACGCCGUCGGGAAUCUCUUGACGGUGUUGGAUCUGGGAACGCGUGAGCAGAAAUAUGUGCGCACAGGUGAACGAGGCGAAAUCGGAUUCAUUGCCGCAAAUCCAGAAGGAACACUCAUCGCUGUCGGGGAAAACGGGGAGUCACCACGAAUAUGCAUACACUCAUAUCCAUCCCUCCAACUAAAAAGCACGAUUCAUGGCGGCGCAGAGGCGGUGUACACGACCGGGAAGUUCUCUCCGGAUGGAAAGCUCAUCGCAAGCGUCAGUGGACUGCCCGAUUAUUGGCUCACUCUGUGGGACCUAGAGAUGGGAGCCAUCGUCCUUCGCGCGAAGGCACAUGGACAAGAAGUGUACGACGUAUCGUUUCGCGGGGGGAGCUCCGAACGACUCGUGACGUACGGCGCCGGUCAUAUCCAGUUUUGGCGCAUGGUCAAAACAUUCACCGGAUUGAAAUUGCAAGGAACGCUAGGCAAGUUCAACGGCGAGCCUCUGUGCAACAUCACCGGCGCUUUGGAGUUGCCAUAUUACGAUAUGAUGAUUACGAGUACGGACUACGGAGCUCUGCUUAUCUGGGUCGACGGUCGCGUGCAGUUGAAAAUCAUGUGCAAAUCUGAAUCAGGCGCCAAUAACUGUCAUGCUGGCUCAAUCGAGACAAUUGCGUACAUGGAUGGCAAUUCGACCAUCUUGUCGGCGGGCGAGGACGGUUGUAUUCGAAAAUGGAGUGUGAUAAAUAUUCAAGAGGCAAUCUCGACUGGCGUUAAAGGCACGGUCUAUGUACUACCUGUGGCAACUCAAAUGUAUGAUGGAGCACACAUUCGACACAUUUGCACGUUGGACACUUCUUUCCUGAUUCAAGAUUGUGGUCGAGGACUAGUGACUUCCUGGGACAAUGAUACAGAAACACCAAUCAUUUCUGCGCAUAGUGGUGCUAUCACUGGUUGUGAAGCUUCUUUGACGAGUACGCACUUGGUCACGUGCGAUGACGUUGGAAGCGUGCACUGCUACAACUAUCUAUCACGUACUCUUUCGUACAAAGUUCGAUACAAAACUGCUGCGACAGCUCUCACGAACGUGCCGUUGAGUAUCGAUAAAGAAGGUCGUUCUGUCAUCGUCGGCUUCAACGACGGAUCGAUCCGUAUUUUAGUGCAAAACUUGACGUGCUGGUGUUUGACACUCACCUUGAAGCCGCAUUCGCGCGCUAUAAACGCCUUUUCCUGGAGUUCAAGCGGCAAACGUUUGGCAAUCUACGCAAUCGAUGGGUCUACAUUUAUUCUGAACGUGUUCCGCGUGGCGCAUUCGUUCCGAUUUGAGCCGAUCGGCUUCGUGCGACUGGCUUUGUCGUCGAGUGUAUUUUGGGAAUCUGAAACCGUUCUCGGCGCACACAUCGCUGACGAUACCUACUUCUUCGACGUUCCAUCCGCUGCGUUUGAUUCUUGUACGGAUACAUACGAAAUUUCUGUGUCUCCUCGCGUGGUGAAACGUGCUCGAGUCGCCGCAGUCGAUGAUCAACACGACGUGUAUCUGACGCAUGAUGGUUCACACAGCGUUGUUAUUGAUUCCGACGGGACUUUUGAGCUCUAUGAAAUGAAUACAGACUCAGCGUCUAUCUUUCAGCCGAUUGAAUGGCGAACAAUUCAUUCUGAAACCGAAUGUCUUGAUUUGACGUCAUCAAAAUCUCUGGAGGAAGAGUUGCAACAGAAACGGCGAAUGGAAUUGAACGAGAACGAGGCUGCGGCGGUGAUAAGAUUGAAAUGCUUGGUGACACUCUGCCGUGACGAACUAUCUAUGAUUUUACACGAGAAUGAACAGCUCCCAAAAGACAUGCGCCUGUCGGGACGAGAUCUUUUGGUAGAUGAUUUACAAAUUCAGCGUAUUCAUGAGGAAUCGUUGCAAUCGUUAACAUUGGCUCAUGAUAAGAUUCGGUCCUCCAUGGAGCGAGCUGAAUCGCUGUCGACACAGCUGCAGACAGCUUAUUUCGAUAAAUUAAAAGCGCUUCCUUGCACUGUAUCUUCCUCGAACGGAGAUUUGCAGUGCUCAUCGUUUGCUCUGCAAACGGAAUGCGAUGCAGCAACAGAUUUAGAAGAGGAGAAAGCGCUCAAAAUACAAGCUAUAUCGAUCGAUAAGGACGCGAUAGAACGAAUUGCUGCUACAACUGAAAGCCUUGACGAUGAACGACUCGCACAAGUACCAGAUGUGAGUUCUGAGGCUCGUCGACGCUGUGAAAGAGCUCGAAGAACCAAAAUGUUGCAGAGUUUACUGAAUGCCGAACCUUUCAAGACGAACAAGAUCGAGUCAGAACCAUCCACACGAGACCCCUUAAGCCGUGGAUUUCCUCUGCGAUGUGAUCCGGAGUCCUACGUGCCACCAGAAGAAAAUUUAACAAUGCAGGGUAAACUGUCUGAAUUGAGGCAUGUGGAACACAAACUCUUCAACCACCUCUCCACAUUCAAUCAAGCACUCGAGAGCGUUGGUAGGGCUCCAGAAGAGAUCGAUGAAGUAACUAUGGUAUCACUGUGUCACUUGAAGACGACUGCGGUUGUCCGCAGUAUGAUGACCAAGAUUUCUCGUCUCAUUGUCAUGCAAGAACUCCGCGCCAUGCCUGAGUACGACGCGAAGAAUAUGGAGAUGGAAAGCGCACGCGAUCGAGCAAACGAAGAGGUGGAGCUGGCACGGGCAACCGUGAACACGGCUAGACUCUCAAUUGGUGAAGAGCAAGAGAGGUUGAAACAGAGGGAAAAGUUGAAGAAAGAUAUUGAAACCACAUUCGAAAACAUCGUGAUGCCGCCAAAUGUGCGAAAGGCUUUGUUGAAGGUUUUCCAUAAACGCAUAUCAAAUAAGACCAAGGCGGAAACUGAUACAACUGAGAAAAGUCAAGCCGAUUCGGAGUACUCGGAUUCGGAAUUAGAUUCAGACUUUGACGAUAGCUCGUACUGUUCUUCGUCCGAAGAAGAGGACAACGAUGCAUGUCCAAAAGAAUGCGACGAGGCUGUGUACGAAAGAGUUUGCAAGCUUCGCUCGUCCCGAAUUGAAGCCAUGGAUUCAAUAUCUGAAGUUCAACGUACUUUAGAUGCGAAAAAGAAGGUGCAUGAUUCCGUAACGAAGAAAUUGAGAGUAUCAAUCGAAAGCGCUCGCGCACUUGAGAAUGAAGCCACCGCAUUUGAGAAAGUGAAGCAGCAAAGUCUGAGCGGAUUAACUUCGGCGUUUAUUUUACCCGUGAGCUGCGUUGACCUGCAUGAAAUUGAUCACGACAACAUGAUCGUGUUCUCGAAAUCGCGACUGGAAGAGCUCGAGAAUCAGUUGACGGACUGGGAAGCUGAAGUGCAAACUUUGAAGCGCCAGCAACAGGACUUGAAACGUGAGCACACAUCGCUCGUCGCGUUACGUUCGGCCAAGACGAUCGAUCUUAGGAAUCUAGAGAAAAAACAUACGGAGAUCCAAAUUCGAAAGUUCGGCAAACCGGUCGUCCUCGAAGAGCUGGAUCAAGUAUUGAACAGCAGCCAAGGCACGGAUGAUUUGCGUGACAAGCUCAAAGCUCAGGAAAGUAAAAAUGCUGAGGAAAUGAGGGACCUGAAGAAGGAGAUCGCGCUCAAAGAAAAAGUCGUAUUGGCUCUCAUAGAAACCCACACGGCGCGUUUGAACGAGCUGCUCGCCCAGAAUUCAUCGUCCAUGCCUGCGUUCGAGCUGAAAGUCAGCUGA